AAUAGUGUGAGUGUAGGGUUUUAAAACAAGAAGAAUUCAGACCCUGUUUUAAAGGUUCUUGAACUGAAAUCCCUGUGAUGUUUUCCUGGAGGAUAGGAUUAUUUUUGGGGCUGAUUUUUGACUAAAUGUUUUGUCACUGCUUGCUCUGAAAAUCAGGGCUCAGUUAUGCCCUACUGUAUUGAUAUCCAUUAGUAGCGGAACAUAACAGUAGAUACGAAAACAAAACAGAGAAGGUCCAAAAUUGGGAAUUGGGUAUUAUGUGUUUCUUCUUUCUGGGAAGAUCAUGAAGAAUGUGGAGCAGAUGCAUUUCAGAUUGGCCAGUAUGGAAAGAAAAUGGAUCUUACCCCUGGCCGUACUGUCUCUGGUGUCCCUGUUUCUGGUGCUUUUCACAACCCUAAUCUCGGCCUCAAACAAUGGUUUAUACCCGGCGUUGGCACUUUUUAAGGGAAGGAGCAAUGAAGUUACAAAGGCUGUUUUUGUGGAGUCCAAAAUAUCCACUCCUGUUGUUUCAACACUGCCUCCUCCUUCAAGGUUGGCUUAUUUGAUUUCAGGUUCAAAAGGGGAUGGGGAAAAGUUGAAAAGGACAUUGCAGGCGCUGUACCAUCCGUUGAACCAGUAUGUGGUUCACUUGGACCUUGAGGCACCGCCUAAAGAGAGGGUUGAUCUUGCCACUUAUGUUAAGUCAGAUCCCAUUUUUGUAGAGGUGGGGAAUGUGCACAUGAUUACUAAGGCUAACUUGAUUACUUAUAGAGGUCCUACCAUGGUUGCCAAUACACUCCAUGCAGCCGCAAUUCUUUUGAGGAAAGGCUCUGAAUGGGAUUGGUUUAUUAAUCUCAGCGCUUCAGAUUAUCCACUUAUAACACAAGAUGAUCUGCUACAUACAUUUUCCUAUUUGCCAAGGGAUCUUAAUUUCAUUGAGCACACCAGCAAUAUUGGUUGGAAAGAGCAUCAACGUGCUAGACCAAUUAUUAUAGAUCCUGGCUUGUAUAUGUCAAAAAAGUCGGACGUUUUCUGGGUUACACAGAGAAGAGGUGUGCCCACAGCAUUUAAAUUAUUUACAGGCUCUGCUUGGAUGGCACUAUCAAGAGCAUUCAUUGAAUUCUGUAUAUGGGGUUGGGACAAUCUUCCUCGCACAGUUCUGAUGUACUAUGCAAAUUUCAUUUCUUCUCCAGAGGGAUAUUUUCACACAGUUAUUUGCAAUGCUCAAGAGUUUCAGAACACCACUGUCAAUCAUGACUUACAUUAUAUAUCUUGGGAUACUCCACCAAAGCAGCAUCCCCAUUCUCUUGGCCUGAGUGAUUUUAAAAAGGUGAAUGGCAGCUUUGCCCCUUUUGCCAGGAAGUUUGAUGGAGAUGAUCCAGUUCUUGAUAAAAUAGACAGUGAACUGCUGGGUCGGAGAAAUGGUAGUUUUGUUCCUGGUGGUUGGUGUGUAGGAAAUAGAGAUAAGGAUCCAUGUUCAGUCAUGGGUGAUAAAAGUGUUCUUAAGCCCGGCCCAGGUGCAAAGAGGCUUGAAAAUUUAAUUGUAAAACUCUUGUCAGAAUCAAAUUUUCGUGACAAGCAGUGCAAAUAAUAGCAUCCUGAAACUAUAUGCAUUUAAGGAAUCACAUUUUAGAGAGAGCUUCCCGGUACAGUUUAUUGGAGGAUGAAUACAACUUCAAGCUUAUCAAAGAAUACAUUAUGCCGCACAUGCUCUAUAUUUGUACACUGAUAACUUAUAUGACAAAGUCUCUGCUGGGAGGUGGUUUCUAUUGGGCCUCGUUGGGCCAAUUUGACACAAUAAAACAUGUGCACGAAGCUGUCUGCGAUGUAUGGUGCAGUUACCUGCUUAAGGGUUUCAAAGAGACCGCAGAGACUAUUUUCUUGAAGGGCUAGUGGCUGAAUGCUACUGCAAGCACGCAAAGUGAUAAAACCAUUUAUCUGAUAUGAUGUACCGCUUAAUGAUUAUAAGCAGUCGGAAUGCUUAUGUAAAUUUGCAGCUCAAGCAAUUGCUUACAUAUAUAACUCCUUGGUAGGAAGUAUCUCAUUUGUGUAAUUGAAAAAUACAUGUGGAUGUGGUUUUGGUUUAUUUUUUUAUCAAGCUAUAAAGCAUGGAAAGUAUUUGCAAGAUUGUAA